AUGACUAUGAUGUUAUAUCCGAGCUGUGCAAAAUACCUGACGCCCGAGAAAGAUGGGGUCAUGUUCGAAAAUCAUAAAAAUCUUCUACAGACGCCAAACGAGUCAGAUGAUAGUCAUGCUGAUGCAGAGCUGAUAGAUGAAGAAUUCAGUCCACAGCAUCUCAUCCCGGAUACAUUCUGUGUUCAUGCUACGCCAUGA